GCCGUGCGCCCCUCCGCGUCCUCCGCCCGUGCCGCUGCUGGCGCCGCCGGGGGACCAUGGUGUUGGACCAGGAGGACGGCGUGCCCAUGCUCUCCGUCCAGCCCAAAGGCAAGCAGAAGGGCUGUGCGGGCUGCAACCGCAAGAUCAAGGACCGCUACCUGCUGAAGGCACUGGACAAGUACUGGCAUGAGGACUGCCUCAAGUGUGCCUGCUGCGACUGCCGCCUGGGCGAGGUGGGCUCCACCCUCUACACCAAGGCCAACCUCAUUCUGUGCCGGCGCGACUACCUGAGGCUUUUUGGCACCACGGGCAACUGCGCUGCCUGUAGCAAGCUGAUCCCAGCCUUCGAGAUGGUGAUGCGGGCCCGGGACAAUGUGUAUCACCUUGACUGCUUCGCUUGCCAGCUCUGCAACCAGAGAUUUUGUGUGGGAGACAAAUUCUUCCUGAAGAACAACAUGAUCUUGUGUCAGAUGGACUAUGAGGAGGGACAGCUCAAUGGCACCUUUGAAUCCCAGGUUCAGUAAUGCCCAGCGCCUGGCCUCCAGGCCCAUCUGUCCGUCUGCCUGUCUGCCCGUCUGCCCGUCUGCCCGUCUGCCCACCCGCCUGGCCGGCCAGCCACUCUCCUGCCGAUUAGAACUCCUCCGUCCUCGAUGGGAGGGACGGCCCUUCCUCUGCUGCCCGUCUGUGUGUGACCCCUCCUGGGGCCAGGCUGGGCCUGUACAGUCUGUCUUCUGUAUAUAAAUGGGAACAUUUAUUUUAUGAGAAAUGUAAUGCGAUUUUAUUACUGGCGUGGAUUAAACUUAUGAAUGUUUCCGGGGA